UGUUGAAGGUUACUGCUAGAGAGACUGUGAAGAUGUCAUUCUCCAUGGCUCUACACCUCACUACCGCUGUCCAUCUCCUGGCACUGGUGGCCAUAUGUGACCAGGUUAAAGCUGAUCGCAUCAACUUCUAUAAUGUCAAACCUCCUGUGGAAGGUGCUUUUCUGCUUCCUGGUUGAAAUUAUGUCAUUUCUUCAACAAUGACGUCAACUUUUUAUACCUGAAGUAACAUUUAUAUCCAUCAAAAGAAACGUUUGAACAGGAGGAAUUUGAGUGAAAACAUGUCUUUGCAGCCACUCCAUUCCCUAAAAGCUUCAAGUGCUUCACCUGUGAGAGAGCUGCAGACGACUACAGCUGCAACCGCUGGGCUGAGGACAAGUGGUGUCCACAGAGUGAGUUCCCUCUGUUGUUACACGUAGAUAAUGUCAUAUAUUAUCAAUUUCUUUAUUGUUUUCAUUGACAUUACUGAUGGGGCUAACCAGUACUUAAUAACCAUUGUUAUUAUUGCUGUUACACUGUUAUAAUAGCUGAUGAUUAUGCAGUUCUAGCCAAUGCAUGACAAAACCAGCAAGCCAGUUGAGUAAUGUAUAUUUCUUGGUCAUCCUCAGAUACACAGUUCUGUAUGACAGUGCACCACUUCACCAGUCACGGCAAGACCAAGUUUGUGACCAAGAAGUGUGCUGCUCGUGAGGAGUGUCAUGCGUCUGGCUGUAGACACCACAGGGACAUGGGUCACACUGUAAGUCCAUACACCUAAACUCAUCCACACACACAGUAAAUCACCUAAACCCAUCCACACACACACAGUACAUCACCAACCAUUAUCUACUCAGGCUCAUUUGUAGAAUAAUCUAAAAAGUAUUUGCCAUUACUGCUGCCCUUGGGUUUUGAAUUUGUUGUCACUCACUCCUCCACUCUCUCCUUUCUCCUCUCUUCUCUCCCUCUCUCCUCUCUCCUCUCUCUUCUCUCCCUCUCUCCUCUCUUCUCUCCUCUCUCCUCUCUUCUCUCCCUCUCUCCUCUCUUCCUCUCUCCUCUCUCCUCUCUCCUCUCUUCUCUCCUCUCUCCUCUCUUCUCUCCCUCUCGUCCUCUUCUCUUCCUCUUCAAUCCUCUUCUUCUCUCCCUCUGCUCCUCUCUUCUCUCCCUCUCCCCUCUCUCCUCUCCCUCUCCUUGUUCUCCUGAAAAGGAGUGUGUGUCAUGCUGUGAGGGUAUGAUCUGCAACGUGGAGGUCCCUACCAACCACACCAACGCUGUGUUUGCCAUGAGGCGGCAGGCCUACAGCUCAGCCCCGUCCCAGACCCCUGUUAGGACGACGUGGGGCUGCUGCUGGCUGACGUUACUGUCCGCUCUGGGCCUGAGGACUGACCAGGCUGGUCCUACUGUGACACCACUGUCACUCAGAACAGGUCCCUAUAGAGGGGACCAGACUGUACCAGACCAACAUGUUCCUCUGAACAUGGAGGAUGUGUGUUGUUACAAGUGUGAUGGUAAUCUGUGAUAAAGAUGUCACAUGGAUUGAUCGAUCAAUCACAAAGGACUACAGCAGUGUCAUAAUGACUGACGCUUGGUUUACCAAUGAACACUGAUGACACUGGUUGCAUCUACAUAAGCCAAUGGAACUGGAGAAAAUCAUCAAUGGAACCAAUAGAAUUGGCCAGAGGACCAAUAACAAUGGUCAGUGGAUCUACAGAAGUGGAUGCAGAUGCAGAGCAUUGGACUGCAGAUGCAGAGUGUUACUGUAGAUGCAGAGUGUUACUGUAGAUGCAGAGAGUUACUGUAGCUUGCUGGCUAGUGGAGUUGGCUAGCAGAGAAGAGGAGUCAGCCAGAAGGGUUCAAGGAGGAUAAUGGUUUGUUCCAUUUUGCCCAUCAUAAGUCUGUCUAAUAUCCACUGCUUAUUCAAAGAUGGAGGCCCAGUAACUGUUCCCUCACCCAGCUCCUGCCCUGCCAGAGCCCUAAACUACUGUAGGGGACAUGAGUCUGUUCCCUCACCCAGCCCCUGCCCUACACUACUCUUCCCUCACCCAGCCCCAGCCCUACACUACUCUUCCCUCACCCAGCCCCUGCCCUACACUACUCUUCCCUCACCCAGCCCCUGCCCUACACUACUGUUCCCUCACCCAGCCCCUGCCCUACACUACUGUUCCCUCACCCAGCCCCUGCCCUACACUACUCUUCCCUCACCCAACCCCUGUGCCUACACUACUGUUCCCUCACCCAACCCCUACAGGCCCUAAACUACUGUUCCCUCACCCAAGCCCAUGCCCUACACUACUCUUCCCUCACCCAGCCCCUGCCCUACACUACUGUUCCCUCACCCAGCCCCUGCCCUACACUACUGUUCCCUCACCCAACCCCUGCCCUACACUACUGUUCCCUCACCCAGCCCCUGCCCUACACUACUGUUCCCUCACCCAGCCCCUGCCCUACACUACUGUUCCCUCACCCAACCCCUGCCCUACACUACUGUUCCCUCACCCAACCCUGCCCUACACUACUGUUCCCUCACCCAACCCCUGCCCUACACUACUGUUCCCUCACCCAAACCCCUGCCCUACACUACUGUUUCCUCACCCAGCCCCUGCCCUACACUACUCUUCCCUCACCCAGCCCCUGCCCUACACUACUGUUCCCUCACCCAACCCCUGCCCUACACUACUGUUCCCUCACCCAACCCCUGCCCUACACUACUGUUCCCUCACCCAACCCCUGCCCUACACUACUGUUCCCUCACCCAGCCCCUGCCCUGCCCUACACUACUGUUCCCUCACCCAACCCCUGUCCUGCCACAAUCUUAAACUACUGUAGAGACCAUGAUACUCUUCCCUCACCCAGCCCCUGCCCUACACUACUGUUCCCUCACCCAGCCCCUGCCCUACACUACUCUUCCCUCACCCAACCCCUGCCCUACACUACUGUUCCCUCACCCAGCCCCUGUCCUACACUACUGUUCCUUCACCCAACCCCUGCCCUACACUACUGUUCCCUCACCCAACCCCUGCCCUACACUACUGUUCCCUCACCCAACCCCUGCCCUACACUACUGUUCCCUCACCCAACCCCAGCCCUACACUACUGUUCCCUCACCCAGCCCCUGCCCUACACUACUGUUCCCUCACCCAACCCCUGCCCUACACUACUGUUCCCUCACCCAACCCCAGCCCUACACUACUGUUCCCUCACCCAGCCCCUGCCCUACACUACUGUUCCCUCACCCAGCCCCUGCCCUACACUACUGUUCCCUCACCCAGCUCCUGCCAGAGGCUUAAACUACUGUAGAGAGCAUGAGACUGUUCCCUCACCCAGCCCCUGCCCUGUCACAAUCUUAAACUACUGUAGGGAGCAUGCCGAAUGA